CAAUAAAAUUAAUUGGUUCGUUAUAGAAUUUUUGUUGUGAGUAGUUCAAGCUUCCUUUUAGGCCUUUUAGGUGAACAAUGUACUUUUACCAGAAAAUAUUCACAAAUCUUUGCAUUACGAUUUUAUUUCUUGAGUUAAAUGUAGCCGAUGAUUCGCAGGAAGAUGAAGCAACUUCACUGCCAGAUGCGGAGGGGACGACUGAAGAAGAGUGGCAUAUGGACUUCAUGCCGACUGGCUACCUGCCAGACAGCGUGUACAGGGAGCUCGCCUGGUACGGCAUUCUUCAAAUCCAUCCACUACACCACAGCACCAAGUUCAAGGCUGCGGCGGAGCUGAUGUGGCAGCAUACCCUGGGCCGACCGCAGAUUAUAAUGGAGAACCCGCCACAAUCUCUACAGUCAGAAAAUAAAAUAAGCCGUCAGAUAUUGGCCGAAGAGGCGUCGAAAUGGUCGCGCGAACAGCGGGCGGCACAAGAGGUGCUGAUGGAGAACAUAAAGAGUGGCGGCAACGGACUGACCGUCAGGACUGUUGUCGGCGCCACCACGAAGACAAUGUAUAUUGUGCAAAACGGCAACUACUUCAAGUGUCCGAAAGGCACGGAGCCCGACAUGGAAGCGUAUCGAGUUCAAACAACUUUGCACGAGAUGAAAUGCACUAUGGGAAAGAAAGCUGUCCAAAUCCCCUUUGAUCCGUGCUUGGAGGCGGAAUCUGCACCAAUAGAGUACUCCUAUGGAGAAGGUUGGAUGUUCUGCCUCGGAAGUGGCGAAAGGGACGCCAAUUACUUCCAGAAUGGAACAUUGGAUUGCGGGAAUAAGACUAAGGUACCAUUAAACGACUUUUUAAAUGAGUGUGCCAUUGACAACAAUGUCGUCAUCACAUUCGAGUACUUUGGAGAUGAGCCGAGGAAGGAUUUGGUGCACAACACGACUUUGUGUUCCUCCUGGGAUCCCUGUCAUGUGUCGUAUUUGUAUAGAAUUGAGGUUCCACCUCCAGAGAUGGUGCCUGCGGCUCCAGAAACAACACAAAAUCCUUGCGACACAACUCCAUGCGAAGAAUGUCUAGAAGACUUUACAGAAGAGCACGCUGAACCGAUAAAUAUAUAGUACUAUAAUUAUACAUUUUACC